AUGGCAGACUUCAAAAGAUACCCAGAAAAUAAGUUCCACCUUCCUCGCAGGUAUAAGCUCAUCAAAGAACUCGGCGCCGGCUCCUACGGUACCGUUUGUCUGGUCGUGGAUACCAAGUUCAAGGACCGAAGCGUACACUUGGCAGUCAAGAAGGUGGGUAAGGUGUUUGACAACCCUAUCUUGAUGAAACGGGCUAUCAGAGAGCUUAAACUUAUGAGGUUUCUUCGUGGACAUCGCAACAUUGUUUCUCUUGUAGAUGUGAAUCUAGUGUCUCAGGAUAGCUACGCUGGGCUCUACUGUUUCCAGGAACUCAUGGACUGGGACCUUACGCAUGUUUUGUACUCGCCCAUGCAAUUUCUGGAGUUUCAUAUUCAAAGCUUCUUUUACCAGAUUCUUCAGGGCAUCAAGUAUACUCACAGUGCUAACAUUAUUCAUCGAGACUUGAAGCCAGGGAAUAUCUUGGUGAACCGCCAUGGCACGUUGAAACUUGCAGACUUUGGCCUUGCAAGGGGAAUCACUACGAUUCCCGCUGCCGCCAGUCCCAUUACCAAUUACGUGGCUACCAGAUGGUACAGGGCUCCAGAACUCUUAGCCAAAGUGACCAAGUAUGGCAAAGAAGUGGAUAUGUGGGCAGCAGGAGUGAUUCUAGGAGAGAUGUACGGAAGAAGGCCCAUGAUGCCUGGAAAGGAUAGUAUGGGCCAGAUUAUACACAUUUUAGAUGUGCUUGGAGAGCCACCAGCAGCGUUAGUCAAGAAAAGAGGAUGGAAGCUUCCCAGUACGAUGGGAGUUUGGAAGAUGCGAAACAACAAGCCCAUUUCCCAUCGCUGGAGCGAAUUGUACCCUUUCGCCUCAACUUCUGGGCUCCAGCUUGUGGGAAUGCUUCUUCAAUGGGACCCUCUGGCCCGUUUGACAGUAGAAGAGGCGCUUGAGCACCAUUUCUUGGGUCCAGUGAGGAACCAAAAUGGAGAGGCCAGCGCACCCGGGAUAUUUGAGUUUAGUGCCGAGGAAGAACGUCUUGACCACCAGGAUCUCUUUGGAUUGUUGACGAAGGAAGUUAGGGAGUUUCAAAAGGAACGGAAACCCAAGAUCGUGCUGGACGCCAAGUCGGUUGCAAAACACGUCAGUGGAAGAGUCUAG